CGGGCGGGGGGGACGACGACGGGGAGGACUGGGGUCUCCAGAGCAGUUGCUCGCUUUGGGUGUUGUCUUCUCGUCCGUCUUGUGGUGCGGAGCCGUUUGCCUCGCCGCCGUCCCGCUAAGUCAAGUGGUCGUCUGCCGAAUCCCCGUCAGCAUGGGCGUCGAGGGCUGCACCAAAUGUAUCAAGUACCUGCUCUUCUUCUUCAACUUCAUCUUCUGGCUGGCGGGCUGCGUCAUCCUGGGCGUGGCCUUGUGGCUGCGUCACGACCCGCAGACCAGCAGCCUGCUGGAGAUCAACUAUGAUGGACAGCAGGCGCCCAGCACCUUCUACAUCAGCGUGCACAUCCUGAUCGCGGUGGGCGCAGUGAUGAUGGUGGUGGGCUUCCUGGGAUGCUACGGCGCCAUCCAGGAGUCGCAAUGUCUGCUGGGAACGUUCUUCGCCUGCCUCGUCAUCCUGUUUGCCUGCGAGGUGGCGGCCGGGAUCUGGGGCUUCAUGCACAAGGACACCGUUUCCAAGGAGAUGAUCAACUACUACGACUCCAUCUACGACAAGGCCAUGACGCAGAGCGUCACCGCCGACACGGAGAAGAAGAGGGCCGUCGCCUCCGUGCUCAAAGUCUUCCACGAGACGCUGAGCUGCUGCGGCAAGGGUGAAGGCACGUCCAUUCUGACCCACUUUACCGACAUCCUCGGGGUCACCGACCUCUGUCCCAGCUCUGGAACUUCUGUCAGCUGCCACGCCCGCAUCACCGAAUUGUUCUCGGACAAGAUCUACCAGAUUGGCAUCGCCGCCCUGGUGGUCGCCAUCAUCAUGAUCUUUGCGAUGAUCUUCAGCAUGGUCCUGUGCUGCGGCAUCCGCAAUAGUCCCGUCUACUAGAAGCUCCUCCCCCCCCCUUCCGGCCGUUCCUGCCAACAGGAGCCGUACUGAGCUUGCUGGAUUCCCGUACGACGGCGUUUCGGCGGCGCCCAUCUUUUAUUCCCGAUGCUGGAGCUCAGCGAAGCCGAAGCCACAACAGUAUAUUCUCCUCUUUUGAAACGAAACUCGUGUACCCUCCUCUGGCACUUUUCUUUUCUGUUAUUUGAUUGGAGGGAAAAAAUGGCUUUUUUCAUUUGGCCAUCAUUUUGCUGCAAUUUCCUGUUGUAGUAAAUGUUUUUUUUUUUUUUUAAUCUUCUAUGCCUUUGACACAUUUUUUUUUCUCCUUUUGGAGACCAAAAAUGUGCCCGCACGGAACAAAACUGCUCAAUCAUCAUACAUCACUUGCGCAAUGUCAGACCAGCUCAAAUCGCAAGCAAAUGUUGUCUUUGGUGACAAUCU